UGCGCAAUGCGAAACGCAUUCUCAGGCCCAGGUGAAACGAAGUAUUGAGGAUUAGUCUGACAGCAGCUAGAGGGAAUGGAGAGAGGGGUAUCAGGCGGACUUAAAAAUAUAUAUUCCUGCAAGACGGCCAAUUAAAGGUAAUUUAUUAGCGUAGGAAGAAUUCACCAGUUUCUCAGGCCACAACCACGCCCAACAACUGCUUAAAGAGUGAUGCUGAAGAAUAACGUGAGCUGAACGGGGCCCCUGAAGAUGAAGACCAGAAACAGCGCUACCUGGUCACACAGCAAAGUUUCCAAAACUCAAACUUAAUCUUGCGAACAGGAUGAAAUGAGAUAAACGCUCGAAGAGUGGAGGCCCCUGCUUUACGAUCCCUAAGCAUGGCAGGACUGCAGCUCGUGACCCCCGCUUCCUCGCCCAUGGGACCCUUCUUUGGUCUCCCGUGGCAACAGGAGGCCAUCCACGACAAUAUUUACACACCAAGGAAAUAUCAGGUUGAACUUCUUGAAGCAGCUCUGGAACACAAUACUAUCGUUUGUUUAAAUACUGGCUCAGGGAAGACCUUUAUUGCAGUACUCCUUACAAAAGAGCUCUCCCAUCAAAUCCGGGGAGACUUCAGAGAAUGUGGGAGGAGGACCAUUUUCUUGGUGAAUGCAGCAUCGUCUGUGAUCCAGCAAGCAGCUACUGUUCGGACCCAUUCGGACCUUCAGGUGGGAGAAUAUGUCAGCCUUGAGAACACACUGUCAUGGACCGAAGAGAAGUGGAACCAGGAAAUGAUCGAGAACCAGGUGCUUGUUAUGACAUGCCACCUCUUCCUGCACGUUCUGAGGAACGGAGUCUUGCCACUAUCGAAAAUCAACCUGCUGGUGUUUGAUGAGUGUCACCUUGCAAUCAUGGAUCAUCCCUAUCGGGAAAUAAUGAAGAUAUGCGAGGGGCGCCCGUGCAGUCCUCGAAUCCUGGGUCUGACCGCUUCCAUUUUAAAUGGCAAAUGUGACCCGUCAGAGCUGGAGGAGAAGAUUCAGAACCUGGAGAGGAUCUUGAAAAGCACCGCAGAAACUGCUACUGACCUCGUCGUCCUGGAUAGGUACGCCUCUCAGCCCCGGGAGGUGGUGCUGGACUGCGGGCCCUACCUGGAUAAGAGCGGCCUGUGCGAGCGGCUCCUGAACGAGCUGGACGAAGCGCUCGGCUUCCUCAACGACUGCAACGUAUCGGCCCAGCGCGAGGACCGCGACCCCACCUUCAUCUCCAAACAGGUGCUGAGCGACUGCAGAGCGGUCCUCACCGUGCUGGGGCCCUGGUGCGCAGACAAGGUGGCGGGCAUCAUGGUGAGGGAGCUGCAGAAGUACAUCAAGCACGAGCAGGAGGACCUGAACCGCAAGUUCCUGCUGUUCACCGACACCAUCCUGCGCAAGAUCCACGCGCUCUGCGAGGAGCACUUCUCCCCGGCCUCCCUGGACCUCAAGUUCGUGACGCCCAAGGUGAUCCGGCUGCUGGAGAUCCUGCACGAGUACAAGCCCUUCGAGAGGCAGCAGUUUGAGAGCGUGGAGUGGUACAACAACCGCAACCAAGACAACUACGUCUCCUGGAGCGACUCGGAGGACGACGACGAGGACGAGGAGAUCGAGGUGAAGGAGAAGCCCGAGGCCAACUUCCCGUCGCCGUUCACGAACAUACUGUGCGGGAUCAUUUUCGUCGAGAGACGCUACACGGCGGUCGUCUUAAACAGGCUUAUAAAGGAGGCAGGAAAACAGGACCCUGAACUUGCCUACAUAAGCAGCAACUUCAUUACCGGGCACAGCAUUGGCAAGAACCAGCCUCGAAACAAACAGAUGGAGGUUGAGUUUCGCAAACAGGAGGAGGUCCUUCGGAAGUUUCGCGCGCACGAGACCAACUUGCUGAUUGCAACCAGUAUUGUGGAGGAGGGAGUCGAUAUUCCAAAGUGCAAUUUGGUGGUUCGAUUUGACUUGCCAACGGAGUACCGCUCGUACGUUCAGUCCAAAGGGAGGGCUCGAGCGCCAGUGUCCAAUUACAUUAUGCUGGCCGACACGGAGAGAACAAAAGCGUUCGAAGAGGACCUGAAAACGUACAAGGCAAUCGAAAAGAUCCUGAGGAACAAAUGCUCCAAGUCGCCGGAGAGCAGCGAGUUCGAGGUGGAGCCCGUGCUGGACGACGACAACAUUUUACCUCCCUACGUGCUGCGCUCGGAAGACGGGGGCCCCAGGGUCACCAUCAACACGGCGAUUGGCCAUGUCAACAGAUACUGCGCGAGACUGCCCAGCGACCCUUUCACGCACCUGGCCCCCAAGUGCAAGACUGCGCAGCUGCCGGACGGAGCUUACCGAUCCACGCUCUAUCUCCCCAUUAACUCCCCUCUCAGGGUCCCCGUCACUGGGCCCACAAUGAACUGUGCAAGACUUGCUGAGAAAGCAGUUGCUCUUCUUUGCUGUGAAAAGCUACACAAAAUAGGUGAAUUAGAUGAUCACUUGAUGCCGGUGGGGAAGGAGACUGUGAAAUACGAGGAGGAGCUGGACUUGCACGACGAGGAGGAGACCAGCGUCCCGGGCAGACCAGGAUCAACCAAGAGGAGGCAGUGCUACCCGAAAGCGAUCCCAGAAUGUCUUCGGAACAGUUACCCUGUGCCAGAGCAGUCCUACUACCUGUAUGUGAUCGGGAUGGUCCUGACGACCCCUCUGCCCGACGAGCUCAACUUCCGCAGGAGGAAGCUCUACCCUCCCGAAGACACCACCAGAUGCUUCGGCAUUCUGACGGCAAAACCAAUACCUCGGAUUCCCCACUUCCCGGUGUACACGCGCUCGGGGGAGGUGACCAUCUCCAUCGAGCUGCAGAAGUCGGGGUUCACCCUGAGCGCCCCCCAGCUGGAGCUGAUCACGCGCCUGCACCAGUACAUCUUCUCCCACAUCCUCCGCCUGGAGAAACCCGCCCUGGAGUUCAAACCCACCGAGGCCGACUCCGCCUACUGCGUUCUACCUCUUAACGUGGUUGAGGAUUCCAACACUUUAGACUUGGACUUUAAAUUCAUGGAAGAUAUUGAAAAAUCUGAAGCACGCAUAGGCAUUCCGAACACCCAGUACACCAAACAGAACCCAUUCACUUUCAAAUUGGAGGACUACCAGGAUGCAGUCAUCAUUCCAAGGUAUCGCAACUUUGACCAGCCUCACCGCUUCUACGUAGCGGACGUCUACACUGAUCUCACACCACUGAGCAAGUUCCCUUCGCCAGAAUAUGAAACCUUCGCCGAAUACUACAAGACCAAGUACAACCUCGACCUGUCCAACCUGAACCAGCCACUGCUGGAUGUGGACCACACAUCCUCACGACUGAAUCUUCUGACUCCUCGACACCUUAAUCAGAAAGGCAAAGCCCUUCCGCUCAGCAGUGCUGAGAAGAGGAAGGCCAAGUGGGAGAGUCUGCAAAACAAACAGAUUUUGGUUCCUGAACUGUGUGCCAUCCACCCGAUCCCUGCCUCCUUGUGGAGAAAAGCGGUCUGCCUUCCCAGCAUCCUCUACCGACUUCACUGCCUUCUGACGGCCGAGGAACUCCGGGCUCAGACAGCCAUCGACGCCGGUGUGGGGGUCCGAACCCUGCCGCCAGACUUCAGAUACCCAAACUUGGAUUUCGGGUGGAAGAAAUCCAUCGACAGCAAGGCCUUCAUCUCAAGCCCCAGCGCCUGCACGGAAGACGAUUACUGUAAGCACAGCCCAACUGUAGCCCCUGACGAUGCUGCCCAUCAAGGUGUUCAUCCUGAAGCCUCCUCGCCACACGGGGGCGCCAUCGCGCCCGCCGAAAAUCCAGAGCCCGCCCCGCCGCAGGACGAAGAGAAGCGCGACUGCGUCUGUGCCGGGAACCUCGCCAACGGCACGGCGGAGGACGGCGACGGCGGCGGCCUCGGCGGACGCCACGAUUGCCAACGUUCCCCGCCAGACUCGCCCGAGGGCGAAAUACCUGUACAAAGCACUACCUCAGCUCACGUGCAACACUCUCAGAGCACUGAGAGCCAGCCCCAGCCCGGCGUUGAAUGUACUCCAGGGAGUAACUCAGACUUUGACGGACACACGACGAUACCUACCUCAGACCGUCGCCAGGUGGUCGAUGUGACAGCCGGUUCCGCAGCACCUUCGGACGCCCCCCCCUCGGCCGGCAGCGACUCCCCGAAAACCCUGGGGCCCAACCCCGGCCUCAUCCUGCAGGCCUUGACCCUCUCCAACGCCAGCGACGGCUUUAACCUGGAGAGGCUGGAGAUGCUGGGCGACUCCUUCCUGAAGCACGCCAUCACCACCUACCUGUUCUGCACGUACCCCGAUGCCCACGAGGGACGCCUCUCCUACAUGCGCAGCAAGAAGGUUAGCAACUGUAACCUGUAUCGUCUGGGGAAGAAGAAAGGCCUGCCAAGUCGAAUGGUGGUCUCCAUUUUUGAUCCACCCGUGAACUGGCUGCCCCCGGGGUAUGUAGUUAACCAGGACAAAAGCAGUAUGGACAAGUGGGACUCCGAGAUGAAAGGGGAUCCCCUGGCCAACGGAAGAGCCGAGGAGGACUACGACGAGGACGAAGACGAGGGCGACGAGGUGGAGGAGGACGAGGAGCUGAUGUGGAAGGAGCCGAAGGACGAGGUGAGCGUGGAGGACGACCUGGAGUACUACCAGGAGCACAUCAAGUUCAUCGACAACAUGCUGAUCGGCUCGGGAGCCUUCGGCAAGAAGAUCUCCCUGAGCAGCUUCCCUCCGGCCGAGCCCAGCUACGAGUGGAAGGCCCCCAAGAAGCCCCACCUGCCCAACGCCCACCUCGCCCCGGACGGCGACGAGUUCGACUACAGCUCCUGGGACGCCAUGUGCUACCUGGACCCCAGCAAGGCGGGCGAGGAGGACGACUUCGUGGUGGGCUUCUGGAACCCGUCGGAGGAGAACUGCGGGACGGACACGGGCAAGCAGUCCAUCUCCUACGACCUGCACACGGAGCAGUGCAUCGCCGACAAGAGCAUCGCCGACUGCGUGGAGGCCCUGCUGGGCUGCUACCUGACCAGCUGCGGGGAGCGCGCCGCCCAGAUGUUCCUCUGCUCGCUGGGGCUCAAGGUGCUGCCGGCGGUGAAGAGGGGCCCUGGCGACGGCGGCGGUGGGGCCGGCGAGCGCUCCAAAGAGCUGCAGUACGGCUGGCUCAAGAUCCCGCCGCGCUGCAUGUUCGACCACCCGGACGCCGAGCGCACGCUCAACCACCUGAUCUCCGGCUUCGAGAACUUCGAAGAGAAGAUCAGCUACACUUUCCAGAACAAGGCCUACCUGCUGCAGGCUUUCACUCACGCCUCAUACCAUUACAACACCAUAACAGAUUGUUACCAACGGUUGGAGUUUCUCGGCGAUGCAAUUUUAGACUACCUCAUAACAAAGCACCUUUAUGAAGACCCUCGACAGCAUUCGCCCGGUGUGCUGACCGACCUGCGGUCCGCCCUGGUCAACAACACCAUAUUCGCCUCUCUGGCCGUCAAGUACGACUACCACAAGUACUUCAAGGCGGUCUCGCCCGAGCUGUUCCACGUGAUCGACGACUUUGUGCAAUUUCAACUGGAAAAGAACGAAAUGCAAGGGAUGGACUCGGAGCUUCGCCGCUCUGAAGAAGAUGAAGAGAAAGAAGAGGACAUUGAAGUUCCCAAAGCAAUGGGAGAUAUCUUUGAAUCACUUGCUGGUGCAAUUUACAUGGAUAGCAGGAUGUCACUGGAGACUGUUUGGCAAGUGUAUUAUCCAAUGAUGAGGCCACUUAUAGAAAAAUUCUCUGCUAAUGUCCCUCGCUCUCCCGUUCGUGAAUUGCUGGAAAUGGAGCCGGAGACGGCCAAGUUCAGCCCGGCGGAGAGGACGUACGAUGGCAAAGUGCGGGUGACGGUUGAGGUCGUGGGCAAGGGCAAGUUCAAAGGCGUGGGCCGCAGCUACAGGAUCGCCAAGUCCGCCGCAGCACGGCGGGCCCUGCGUAGCCUCAAAGCGAAUCAACCUCAGGUCCAGAACAGCUGAGCUGCACACGCCUCGGCCUGCUGCCAGGACCAGCCAUCAAAGGUGACAACGUCCUAAACAACCGGAAAAACAAACCAUUAAAAAAGUUUAUCGCUUGAAUAAUGGGGGAAAAAAAAGAUUGGCAAAUGUUAGUAAAGUUUAAAAAAAAAAAAAUAACAAAAAAAAACUUCACUUUGGGUUUUACUUUUGCGCAAACACAAUCUUUUCUUCAUUUCCUUCCCGGCUUUGUUUAAUCACGAGAGUGCUUUAUUAACAUUAGCAAGUGUUACGAACGAAAGGUCAGGUCCCGCUUUGUUUUUUUCUUUUUGUUUUGAUUUCUAAUGAAGCUCUUUGUCGUGUUAGUGGGUAAAGAGGUUUAUGCUUAAGUAGAUUUAGAUUGUACAUAGUUAAAACAAAGGUAUAAACUGAAUAAUAAAAACGCUAAAUUCCUCAGUCUGUGCACUAGUGCCAGGUUUAAAGCAGUUUAAAACGCUGUGGCAGACGAGCUAGGAGGAGACCGGGGAGAGAGCCAGUGUUGUCCUCCAUUUGACAUCUGUUGUCUUGAAAUGGCAAACUUAAUCAUUAUUGCACUUGUUUUAUUAGGGUCCGUUUUGUUUAGACUUGAUUAGAUUAUGUGAGCGGUGAACAUUUUGUCAUAUGCACACCAAAUCAUAAAUAUAUAUAUAAAUAAAUAAAUAUAUGAAUAUAUACGUAACCAACUACUACAGGAAAUGCGUUUAAACACAAAAUGUGGGGUUUUUUGGCCUUAAAGAGAAAAACCCUUCUUCAUAUAUCUCCUGUAAAAUGGAUUUCAACAUUCCCAUUCACUGUAGUGAAAAUUGUUUUUACAGCACUCGAGGAUGCAUGUUUGUGUAGCUGUGUAUUAUAAGCCAACUGGAUGGAUUAUAACUGCGUUAUAGAGCUACCAUAUGGACAGAGAGAAAGAGAUAUUAAAUGUCUAUUAUGACUUUACGUUGACACUUGGGUUUCAGUAAAUGUCUUUUGAUACCAAGAACAGUUGUGUUUUCAAUUAAUGGUCAUAAAAGAGCAUUAAAUGUCUCCAUUGACUGAACUAUUUAGUUUUGAUAAAAUAACAAUAGAAGACAUAUCACCUGGGAAAUAUGCUGCAGAUUUUGUAAGAAUUGGAUACUUCUAUAGGAAAACGGAGCACCUUUACACUCUAGUAUACGCAAGAUUCUUAUUAAUGUUCUCUGAUUGCAUUCAUACUUCACUUACCAAAGUUGCCACCAUUGCAGUGCUAUAGGGUUGCAUAUGUGAAGUAAACUGUAAGAAUUCUGAUUUGUGGAUCUGAAAACCAGCCUUUGUUUUAGUUCGGGCUCAUUUUUGUCAGCUUCUUUUUUUUUUAGCCUAAAUGUUUUUGUUUUUUUAAUUUAGUAUGAUUAGGCUCUCUUCACUUGAAUACCUCAGUUAUUUGCAUGCAUAUUCUUUUUUUUUUUUUUUUUUUGGUGCUAUGUGUUAUGUAUUAAGCUUGAAUUUCUCAUCUUUUUUGCACUGUAACUAUAAUACCUCUUUAUUUUACCUUUAAAUCUGUUGGUUUGGCUGUCCUUCCCAUCAGCAAUCAGUCUGUAGAGGUUAGCUGCAAUUAUUAUUAUUUUUAUUUUGUUUCAUUUUCUGUUUGAUUUAUUAUGCUUGAAGUUUUGGGGGAAAGCUGUGAAAGGCAUUCCCUGCACAUAAACCUGAGCUAGGCGCUUCUGUUCUGCUUAUUUUCUCUUGCAAAGUUGUCUGUGUGAUGGAAAAGGGUCGCUUAACGCUAAUCUAGGAAAGCCAAUUGCUCGCUGCAUCUCACGAGGGCGUGUCCACGUUGAAGAAAAGCCCGACCUUCUUCUGCCACCCAAAAAGACUUAAUGUUUUGCUACUUUUAAGUUCUUCCCAGAUAAACACAGGGCAACACCACCCAUUGCCUCAAACAAAUGUGUAAUUUAUUGCUUCCAGAGCCAAAUUGAUAUAAACAAGAUAUUGUCCUGCCAUGCUCAAAAUAAUGACUUACAACUUUUAAGGGGCAUUUUUUUUUCCUGGUGAGCUUCUUAUACCUGGUAUCAUAUUAAUGCCUGGUAGGACUUUAUUCUUGUCAGAUAUAUGGCAAAGUCUAGAUGUUCAAGGGUGCUGCUACCUCAGAACACACUGCACUCUGUUCAUUGACUCAUACUAUGUCUUAUUAUUUAGAUGUAUUAAUAAAAUUGUGCGUAUUCCUGGACAAGACUGCAAGCUGACAAAUAUUUAUGGCAGUGUCUCAAAAUACUGUAGUUUUUUUACUGUGAUAUCCAUAUUUUGACGCAUUUAUUACACUUUGCACUAAAUCAACAUUCCCACACGAGUAAUUGUAAUGCACUUAUCGAUGACAUAUUUUUGACAGUAGAACAUAAAAAAUAAAAAACAGUGCCUUUUGUCUUACUAAUUCCAAGUAAAAUCUCACAGCUGAUGAUUCUUAACGUUUUUCAGCAGUCCGUAAAGAGCCAAUCAGUGUGUGUGCGCACGCGUGUGUGCGUGCGUGCACGUCUGCGAGGGCACAUGGGCGAGAGCCUGUGUGUGCAAGGGAACUAAUUGUUCCGGUGCCAUACAAAUUAUUGCGUAUUGGACGGCAAUGUAAAUAAUCGCAUACUAAAAUGCCUGAAAAACCGAUUCAGCCGAUUCCCUCAUUUAUUUUUUUCAACCAAUUAUUCUUGAAAAAAUAAAGCAUAUAAACUCAACCAUGUGUGGAUCAUUGUUCAGGUGAUCUCAGGUUGUCAUUUGGCCUGUGACAAGAAUUUCAGCUACUGUUUAUUGAAAUAAAAAUAAAAUAAAAAAAUGAAUCAAAUUUUUAAUCCUCAAAUAUCGUUGCAAUCUGGUUCUGUUUCCUGGGUGUGAGUUCAGCGACCCUUCUUGCAUUGUUACAUGGAAUCUUGUGCAUUUACAACAAGGAACUAUUGCUUAUAACUGUGUUUGGGUUUCACUUUUCCGCUCGGUAACAGCUGAUGAAAUGAUCCCAUGUGAUGACCUCAAGUCAGUGUGUGAUGGAAACAUCGGGAAUGAAUUGUUCAAACCUUGAUAUUCACACCAUCUGUAUCUGUACACUUUACCCUCAAAUAUAACAUCAGUUUAACAUUAAUUUAAAAAAUUUUAUUUCCUUUUCCAAAUCUCUCCGCUGGGAAAAAAACCCAUCUUCGUGUUUAUUAUUUUCAGUAAUAAUUUUUUUUGAGGAUUACGUUAAAAGAAUGUGAAAUCACUUUAUGGUGCCACACAUGCAUACACGUAGUGAUUUUUUUAUUUUCUUUUUUUGUUCUUUUUUGUGAGAAAGAAUGAAAGGACUGUAUCACAUUAAAUUGACAUUCAAGCCAGACUGAAAUCCCUUGGAAUGAACCUCCUCCAACAUUGUUUGAUAAAUAACCAUGAUUUAUCAUUGUUUGAUUUUAGAUGUAAGGUAGUCCUCUUGUACUUGCUGCAGACUCAAUUUAACAGUUUCGUACUGGCGGAUAAUUGUUUUGUUCUUGUUUUGUUUGCUUUUGUUUGUACAUGUAGCACAAAUAAGCAUUGCACUUGGGCACCAUGCUUUACCUCAUUUCAAAAGAAAAAUUAUAUAUAUGAUGCCGUUACGUUUAGAGGAAUGACUUGUGGUGUUGGACUUGCUGCUGUUUCAAUUGCUGGUAUUUUACAAUUGUGUUUUUUUUUCUUUUUAAGAAAAGGUGAUUGAAAAGAUACAAUGUGCCUGCAGGUUCUCAUCUGUUGUUAAAUACACUGUAGAACAGAAGUAGGUGAUCUCAAUAAUCUGGGUCAAAAUAUACGCAUUGUGUAUUCAAUGAUAUCCUGCCUUAAUGUGAUACUUUGAAUAUUAAAUUGUAAAAAAAUUCCCUCAAAAUAGUCAAUCCUGCCAUAUUAACGACGUGGAUUCUGUUAAGUCAUCUUCCUUUUGUCAGUGAGGGUGGGGCGUCGAUUGAACUUGACUUCCACAAGUGUUAAUAGAGGGUUUUUGUAGAAUUCCUCCACCCUCACCCCCCCCCUCUUUUUUUGUCCUUUUUUUAGUGAAGCCAUUUGUCAGCCACUACAGUUUAAAAAAAAAAAGGGCUGGUACAUCAGAAAAGUGUCACCUUUUUCCUUUAGGUAAAGAACAUAAGCUGAAUUAGGAAGAGAAAAAAAAAGCCUCGGAUCUCAGAAAAUACCUUAAAAAACAAAUGCACUCGUAUCAGCAGCAAGUUGCUCUUUGGGGAAGCGGGUUGAAAAUGUGCUUUCGGCAGCGAGUUUGUGAGAACUUUGGUCCCAGCUGAUGGCGUUCCAGCAGAAUGGAAUGAGUUAUGUGUUGAUAUAAAUGGGGAAUUGUGGGCCAUCAUAUCCUGCAGCAAUUUUUAAGGGACAUGAAAUUCUUCUCAUUCAUACUGUAACUGUGCUGCAGAGGUUUGCGGUCUGCACCUUAUGGAUCACAAAUACCUUUAAUAUUCUUUUUCUUUUUUGUAACAAUUGUAGCUGAAUAUAUCUACAAUAAAGUUAUGGUAUGGUCGUUCA